UUUCUUCUUGUUUUUCUUCCCUCUAAUUUGUUUGUCUCUAUCAUCGCACACAGCAAUAUCAAAGUUCCAAGUGUCUUGUUAUUUGUUCCAUUCCACAUCAUCGUCAUCAUCAUCAAUUCAUAAUAAUCUGGAAGCCAGGCUUGUUGUUUUUCAACAGUAGUUGUUGGAUUUUGAUUUGAUUUUGAUUUGAUUUUCAACAGUAGUCUUCUCUCUUUUCUGGGUUGGGGUUAGGUGGCGUGACUUCUCUCUCUCUCUCUCUCUCUCUCUUUAUCUUCCAUUCCCUUGUGGACGCGAUGCUUGCUUCUACAGCAAAUUUCUGCUCUUUUUUUUAACCCACUCUUAAUUCCCUCCAUUUAUUGUUCCCUUCCCUCACCUACUUCCCACGUCCACCUAUUUAUAAUCCAUUCUUUUACCUGAUUCUAAGUUUAAGUCGCAUUCUUUUCGAUGAUCCCAACUCAAUUCCUUCCUCUCCCACUUGAUAUUUUACAACGAAUCACUUUUUGUUCCUAAUUUAGUUGAUACCAAAAGUGUGGAACGUGGCAGAGUUUGAAUUCACAUAUGAUUCCAUCAUCCACCCAAUUCACCUGAUGAUUAAAUCAUGAUGACUUCUGUUUAACUUCGCUUUAUAUGAGUGAGUGGAAAAUAUACCUGGCAUAGUUUUGUAGAAGAUCAUCUUAUUAGGUUGUGAAUCUAAGUAGCAAUUGGUUUGGUAUAUGAUUUCUGGAGGGACUAUGCAUGUGGGUAUGGACUUUCCUCAUCAAUUUACUAUGCUAGAAGGUGAAAAUGAUAAAGGAAAUGUAUUAGUUAUGGAAGAUGAGAAAUCAGAAGAUUUGAGUAAUGUAAGACAAAUGGCAAGGGGCAAACCUCCGCGCCACCUUGGCUCCGGCAUGAGACAUAGUAUUAGCACCACUAGAUUGGUUGCUGCACCAGAUUUGAGUUUGGAUGUGGAGGUUACAGGGUGCAAGUCAUCUUCUGAAGACAACACAGAGUUUCUACCCAUAUUUCGGUCAGGAAGUUGUGCUGAAAAAGGACCUAAAGAAUAUAUGGAAGAUGAACAUAUAUGCAUAGAUGAUCUUAUUCAGCAUCUAGGUUCAUCUUCAAAUUUUCCUUUUACAGGAGCUUUCUAUGGUGUGUUUGAUGGGCAUGGAGGUACAGAUGCAGCUUCUUUUAUAAGAAAUAACAUCCUUAGAUUCAUUCUUGAGGACUCCCAUUUUCCAACUUGCGUGGCAAAGGCAAUUACAAGUGCUUUCUUGAAAGCUGAUUAUGCAUUUGCAGAUUCUAGUUCGUUAGAUAUCUCCUCUGGAACCACUGCUUUAACAACUCUUGUAUAUGGAAGGACCAUGAUGGUCGCCAAUGCCGGGGACUGUAGAGCUGUAAUGGGGAGGCAAGGUAGAGCAGUCGAGAUGUCAACAGACCAGAAACCAAAUCGUAUUUCGGAGAGGCUGAGGAUUGAGAGGCUUGGUGGUGUAGUAUACGAUGGAUACUUGAACGGGCAGCUGUCGGUUUCCCGUGCUCUAGGAGACUGGCACAUGAAAGGUCCCAAGGGCUCUGCAUGCCCUCUGAGCGCGGAACCUGAGUUGCAAGAAAUCAACCUGACUGAGGACGACGAGUUCUUGAUAAUGGGUUGUGAUGGAUUAUGGGACGUGAUGAGUAACCAAUGCGCUGUGACAAUGGCAAGGAAAGAAUUAAUGAUACAUAAUGAUCCUGAAAGGUGUUCAAGAGAGCUGGUCAGAGAGGCUCUUAAGCGCAACUCUUGUGAUAACUUAACAGUGAUCGUGGUGUGUUUCUCACAAGAUCCUCCUCCAAGAAUAGAGACACCACCUUCUCGAGUCAGAAGGAGCAUAUCUGCAGAAGGCCUCAAUUUACUCAAGGGUGUAUUGGACUCUUAG